CACGAGCGCCCUUUGUCACAAGGCGAACGGAACGGGUCACAGUGGAGCAUCUAUCGCGACCCACUGCGGCACAUAUAUACUGUAAAGGAUCCUUCUGGAUUCGUCUCUUUCGGCUGCAAAGGACACCCCCUUCAUUCCUUUCUUAUACCACCAUCAUGGCCUCCGUCAACAGCGUCGUAAACUUUGAGGGCUUCUAUGGGCCUGCGACCGCUACCUUAGACUGGUGUGAGGCCAAUUACCAGUUCUCAUUCUAUGUAGCAGAACUGGUCAAUACAUUCUCUAACCUUUACUCUAUCGGACUGGCUCUGUACGGUGUCCUCAAUAUCAUACGCCAAUCUCUUCCGCCUAUGUAUACCAUUGGUUUUAUUGGUUUUGCUACCGUCGGCCUCGGUAGUUUCGCCUUCCAUGCGACGUUAUUGUUUCACUGGCAACUCGCCGACGAACUGCCAAUGGUCUAUGUCGCCUCGUUAGGCUGCUGGGUUUUAUACGAUCGCACGCCGGGCUUCACUUUCGCUGCCCCGCGCGCCCUGAAUUCACUUCUUAUAACCAUCGUAUUUGACGCGCUAUUCACUUGGAGCUACAUCAUCAAUCGGAAUCCAGUCUACCAUCAAGUGGUGUUCGGGACUAUCGCAUUAGCCAUCGGCGCUCGAAUCGCAUACCUUCUGAAUUGGUCUGAAGAAAGGUUCCGCAUUCCAGAUGACAAGAAGGCAGAAAUUGGCGGCGUCUUUGGUACUGGAGCAGGACUAUUCGUUUUUGGAUUUUUUAUCUGGAACCUUGACAACAUAUUCUGCGAUCCUCUGACAGCCUGGAAAACGGCAGUUGGCUGGCCGUUGGCAUUCCUGUUUGAGGGACACGCGUGGUGGCACGUCUUCACUGGAACAGGCACUUACUUUAUGGUGGUAGGCGUUACAUGUAAUUCGCUUUGCAUGAAGGACGAUCACCGGAGUUAUACGAUACAACAUCCUUACGGAUUUCCCAUGGUAAAAUAUGCCUAUCACAAAGCACCGUAAUCUUUGCGAGAUCUCGGGUCCGAAGAUGGUUUCUCAUAAUUGUUGUAGAUGUCAGGGCCAAGGGGACAAUUAUUUAUUGAUAUUACUUUUACUGAUGAGCGGGGGUGUUUAUAGGAUCGGGGCACUAUUACAAGUGUGGGUUAAAACACACG